GAAGCAUUCGCAUUGUGCAAUGCAGGAUAAAGUAGCCUGAGACAACAUUCUCCAUCAGAAACCUAUCAAAAUUGCAAUGGACAAUUAUGAGAGGGCCAGGAAACUGCAGGAGGAGGCGGGAGUUCCUCCCGGAGGAGUCCAGCGGUGCUGCUGCAACUGCAGGAGGAAGCUGGAUCCCUACCAGCUGUUUGACGACAAUGUGGAGGACAUUGCCAAGAGUCUGGCGCAGAUUAUGCUGAUCUGCGGCAUCAGCACCACAAAGUCCUGUGCCGCCAGGUCGAUAAUCAAGAGGGCCUUCGUUUACCACGAACGCCUGCGCACCAGCUGUCCACCAAAUCCCGCGCCUGGCAGUCGCUUGAAUCGGGAGGACUUGCUGCAGGCUCUGCGACUGAAGUGCGAAAUGGAGCCGGUGGAGGCGAUGCUCACCUAUGCCAUCAUCAAGCGCGCCUUCAAGGCCUUCUACCACGGCAAGCCCCUGGUGACCAUCAGCAAUCCCAUAGUGGACGCCAUGACGGUGCACACCCAACGUGCUGCCUGGAUGCAUGCCGCACACAAGACCUCCAGGAUCUUCGACAACUACAAGGCGGCCUUCUUCUGGGCCCACAAACACUACGAGAGGCAGAUCAGUCUGGUUUACUCAUCGCUCUAUCAGCGGAUGACUACCAGAUCGGACCCGCUCCUGGUGCCCGGCUGUCCCUGCAAGGGCUGCUCCAAGCAGGAGGUUCCCGGACAUCCCAAGGCCGGCCAGAAGCAGAUGAUGAAGAUCAAGCUGUCGGAGGGUGCAGAUCUGCCAGAACCCUGCAUCCUCUGUGGCUUGCAGGUUCCGCAAAUGGAUAAGGAGGUCAAGAUGAAGAAGCCACCGCGGCCGAUCAUCAACCAUGAGGUCAAUCUGCCCAGGUGCCAGCAGUGCAAUUCUCCCUUCCUCAUCUGCGAGUGCAACAUCGAUCAGUUGACCGGCGAGCAGUUCGGCGAAUGUGGCCAGGACUCCUACAAGGUGAAGUGGUAUCGUCUGCAGGAACCAGUGGCCGUAUCCCAACCCGUUUCCCGGCCGCUUGGCGAAGAGGAGCAAGAAACUAGCUAUGAUGAGGCCAUGGAACCUCCGGAGGACUGGGACAAUCAUCAUUGUCCCAUCGACUGCAAGCACGACUCCUGCAGCGAGUCCUCGAAUGUUUGCCAUAGCACCUCCUCCUCUGGCUCUUCGGGCAGCGACUUUGCCACCUGCUCCGAUGGCGGGGACAAAGAGGAGGAUGUUGUGGCCAAGCUGGAGGAUUACCUCAACAAGCUGUGGGCCGAGGAGGUGGCCCAGAAGAGGAACCCGUCGCAUGUGCCGAGAACGAUCUUGCCUCCUGGUCCGAAGUGUCUGAAGUGCAGCGACUAGUUUCGGAGUUAUUUGUCCGUUAAAACUUUUGCUAUAUAAAUUAUUGAGUGAUGAAAAGUGAA